UCUCUCUAGCGCUGAGUGGGAAAUGUCCCGGAUGAGGUUGAGUCACCCGCGUUGACGUCACUCGAGCUCUGAAAAUGGCUGAGUUGGAAGAGGAGGUGGAUGUCUUGGUCCAGAGAGUUGUGAAAGAUAUCAAUAACGCCUUUAAAAGAAACCCGAACAUUGAUGAAAUUGGCCUCAUUCCGUGCCCCGAAGCCCGAUACAACAGAAGCCCCAUCGUCCUGGUGGAGAAUAAGCUGGGAGUGGAGAGCUGGUGUGUCAAGUUUCUGCUGCCCUAUGUGCAUAAUAAACUCCUGCUCUACAGGCAGAGAAAGCAGUGGCUCGACCGGGAAGCACUGGUAGAUAUAACCUGCACAUUGCUUCUCUUAAACCCAGAUUUUACCACUGCGUGGAAUGUCAGGAAAGAGCUCCUGCAGUGUGGCGUGUUAAACCCAGAGAAGGACCUUUACCUGGGCAAACUAGCACUAUCUAAACAUCCUAAAAGCCCAGAGACAUGGAUACACAGGCGCUGGGUGUUGCAGCGGCUACAGAAGGAGUGCUCUUCCUCUGGACAAGAACUGAAGGAUCAGGCUGAACCCAGAGGAGACGCUGCGAGGAGGAGACAGUGCGAGCGGUUGCAGAGAGUCUUGCAGGAGGAGAUGAGGGUCUGUACAGAUGCAGCUGGCCGUUACCCCAGCAACUACAAUGCCUGGUCCCAUCGCAUCUGGGUAUUGCAAAACAUGGCUAAAGGCAAUCUGAAGGUUCUGCAUGAUGAGCUGUCCUCCACCCGACUCUGGGUGUCCAUGCACGUGUCAGAUCACAGCGGCUUCCACUACCGUCAGCACCUGCUCAAAGCUCUGGCCAGAGAGCUUAGCCAGGCUGGAGAGAGGGACCUCCACCCCACUCAGCAGCCUAACGGAGAGAGCACAGCCGGAGCGUCCGAUGACAAUCACCGUAAUGACGUCAUCCCUCAGCUCUUCCAUCAGGAGAUGGAGCUCUGCACUGAUCUCAUCGAGUCAUAUCCGGGCCACGAGACACUGUGGUGCCACAGGCGACAUGUCUUUUACCUAUGGCACCAGUGGCAGAGGGAGCACAUCCGGGGGGCAGGAUCGCAGUCUCCGCCUCUCACCCACACCGAUGUCCUACUCAGCGAGGAGCCCUGUGACGACGGCAGCGCCUCCCAGGCCAUGGACGUUGACUGUGUUCUGGAUGGGAGCAAACAUGGAAGCUACACACAGGACACAAAGCGACUAAAGCGGGGACCCCUGCUUCCCCACCCCGGACUUCCCUCCGAGCACACGUUUGUCUCUAGAAUCCUCACAGGCUGCAGGAGCCCUGAGCAAAGCCGCUUUGCCAUUGCCUACAGAAAGUGGUUGGACUCUGUUAUAGGUCAGUAGCGUGAGAAACACUCCGCCCACCACAGUGUGGGAGAGCUGUGAUAGGUCAACUUAUUUCUGGCUUUGACCACCCACACCCAGUUCUCUGAAAACGGCUGGACUCCUUGGCCGGUUUGUCAGAGAUGCUCUGCCGGAGCAAAUUCCUACUCAUGAUGAAAACCCAUGAACUGUCUCAACAGUGUAAGCCUGGUCUGUUUCAGCUGCUUUAGUUCAGGUACUGGAUAUCUCAGGUCUGUUUUCAGUGUACAGUCCUUUUAUUCUCUAUCAGAAGCUACAAUUGUAGUUUUUUUUCAUACAGUUUUGUUGGUUUUUAUGUUGUUUAAAGUCUUCCACCACAAAUCUAUUACAGUGUGCUCUCAUCAUUCUGUCUGCAGUUUUAUGAUUCCGGUCGGGAGUCUUAAAUGCACACUGUGGUGCAGACUUGAAGGGAACACUUAGAGCCCAAAGUGAUUCUGACCCAGUUUCCCUCUUUUGUUUAAUUGGGGGCAGACUGGCUCUGAAUCCCCUCUACUGCUCCUCUUUGAACUUUUGUACUGUAGCAUGAACAUUUUUCAAAGAAUAUCCUAACGUUUUGCUACAAUCAGUAAUGUGAGCACAAUCAUUGAAUUCAAAGAUUCCUGGAGCCAUUUGAUAUGAAUUAUUAGGGCUAAAGACAGACAUUUUCAUACGUUUAAUAAUCUUCAGUCAAUAAAACAGAUUAAUGCACAUGAAAUUGACAGAAUUUCUAGGCGCUGUCCUCAUUCAGGGGAGUUUUUGUAUUAAAUGACAUAUCUGUUGCAGCGUUUCUUCGGUUCAUGCAGAUGAUUCUUGGGCGUUAAUAAAUGUUCCUGAAGCACAUCAUCUUCACUUAUCAGAAUAACUAAGGUGACGUUGUCACGUUGGACUAGUCUCAGCAUUUAAGCACAAGUUUUGGGUUCUAGUUCAUCCAGGUGGUCUCACAGAUGCAUGGGUUUUCAUAAUGAAAGGGAAUUGCAGAAGUAGGAAUAGUUUUUUCUCAGCUUGGCCCAAACGUGGCUGCAGAAAUAACAAGCUGCCAUGUUGGUGCAGAAUGGUGCUUAUUCUCUGCACUGGGGAGAAGGGCCUGGGUUUACAAAUGCUGCUUUUUGUUUAACACUAUUUUGAACUUAAAGUAUAUUUAUGCAAAUAUGAGAAGUGAAAUGUUGUUAGCUUCACUUAUGUAAUGAUUUAUUAUUAAAGCUAAUAAGCUAUUAGACAGUUAUCGUUGACUCACUGUUACUCAGUAAUUAUUACACUUGUAAUAAACUUUGAAGUUUCACAGGCUCAUUCUUGCAUUGACAACUUAAUUCAUUUACAGCUUAAUUAGAGUAGGUUGUGGAAAUCUGAAUAGACUUUAUAAUAUAUCGCUUUUAAAUCAGGACAAUGCCUUUUCUACAUAUUCAAAACUAUACUUCUUAAGUGAAUUCAUUUUAGAAUUCUAGCAGAGCUUAUAUGAAACCAUGUUUUUCAGCAUAUCUGUAAGUUUCACUUCAUCAAAGUCUAUUACUGUUCUUCUUUCUCUUCAUUUUUUUGCACAGUUGCACAAAGGCUAGAAUUAUUUAAGUAUUUGAAUUGUAUAAUUUCUAGACUGACUCUCAGACUCGAUCCAGGACCAUGCCAGCGUGGUUUUCUCCAUUCCUGCAUGUCUUGGACCCUGACACUUUUUUGAGAUUUUUGAGCUGCAGCAGUGAAAUUCCCGAAUAUCUGUCACAGAAUUCUGAAAAGUUCCCCUCAUAAAUAAAGCCAGCUUUUCCUCCACACCAUUCCUCUGUAUAACUACACUGACAGCUUUUGAUCGUUUAUCACUCUCUAUAAGUACAGGUGUUUGUUUUAGAUAUUAUUGUAAGGUUUUAGCGUCACUUUUUUUUCUCCCUUCCCUACACCUUCUGUUAAACUCCUAAUAGAGUCCUAUAUGGAAGUUUCAUUUUCAGCAACAAAUGCCUUUAUAUUUGUUCUUUUAAGAUCUUUUGGUCACUUUGCUAUAGGUUUGCAUAGAUAAAAUGAGUUGUUAAUGUCAUAAUCUGAACCAUAGUCUUUGAGUCACGCUGAUCUGUGGUUAUCUUUUUGCAUGCACAUUAUGUGUAUACUGUUGUAUUGGGAUCACAUUGUUGUUGUAUUUGAUUACAUUUUAUUACUUUCAUUGCCCAUACAUGCAGAGAGGGAAAACAUCACAUUGUUUUUUGGCUCCAGCAGCAAUUAAGAAUUAGCUAUUUGUAAUAAAUAAGGCUUUAAGUUAUUUUCAAAUGUAUUGCCUACCAACUUAAACCCUUAAUGGACAGUCUUACCAGUUAUAUUGUUAAAAACAAUAUUUGUCUUUAUAUCUGUUCAGGGCUUCCCACCUGUUUCUCUUCCUAAGCAGCUUCAGAAAUAGUCCUACGUAACCUUAGAUGUUUUAAAGGUGUGUACGUUAAUGUGAAUUACAUUGAGGAUGCACAUAGUAUUUCCAGUUGUGUCAUGUCAAUUUCCAUUGUUGUACAAUAUCAUUUGCUUAAACCGAGAUCUUAAAUUACUGGUACAUCUAUGCAGAAGCAUCACAGAGUUCGUUUAGCUUUACAAAGAAAAAAUGUAGCUUAAGGUUUUGUAUUUUCUUUGUGUGUUGUCUGAUAAGCUGAUAAGGUACUGUAGGUUUUUACAGCCAUGAUAACCAACAUUUAUAGCAUCUCAUCCAUUAUGUAUUUUAUAUUUAUUUGUAUUAAAAAAUGUAUUGAACGUAGUUGAUUUGUCAGUUGCCUACCACAUUAAAUAAAGAUACUCUGAAAAGGUC